UUCUCCCCAUGAGUCUUUAACUACAAUUUACACUUCAAUUUUGUCACUGGGUCUCGAGAAAAAUGGCUGUGUCAACGGAUGCCCGGAUAUCGCUUUCGGCAGCAGGCCAACUCCAUGGCACAACAGGAUUGGCAGGGAGGAGUUUGAGGCAGGUGAAGUUCUGCAAUGGAGAGAUGAUGGGGAAGAAGCUGAAGAUGACCCAACUUCAUCAAGGGAUGUUUAGAAAUAAGAGUGUUGGGAAACACGUAUGCAUGUCUCUUACCACAGAUGUUGCUGUUGAUUCUAAGUUGAGGGAUCUGGAGAUGGAGAAGAGGGACCCACGCACAGUGGUGGCAGUUAUUCUUGGUGGAGGAGCUGGUACCCGCCUUUUCCCCCUCACCAAACGCCGGGCCAAGCCUGCUGUCCCGAUUGGAGGGUCAUAUAGGCUGAUUGAUGUGCCAAUGAGCAACUGCAUCAACAGUGGAAUCAACAAGGUCUACAUUCUCACUCAGUUCAAUUCAGCAUCACUCAACAGGCAUCUUGCUCGUGCUUACAACUUUGGCAGUGGGGUCAACUUUGGAGAUGGCUACGUCGAGGCUCUAGCAGCCACUCAAACUCCAGGGGAGGCUGGUAAAAGAUGGUUCCAGGGCACUGCAGAUGCUGUGCGGCAGUUCCAUUGGCUCUUUGAGGAUCAAAGAAGUAAGGAAAUUGAGGAUGUGCUGAUUCUGUCUGGAGAUCACUUAUACCGAAUGGACUAUAUGGACUUUGUUCAGAAUCACCGGCAGAGUGGGGCUGAUAUCACCAUUUCUUGUCUGCCAAUGGAUGACAGCCGUGCUUCAGAUUUCGGUUUAAUGAAGAUAGACAACAAAGGAAGGGUUCUCUUCUUCAGUGAAAAGCCUAAAGGAGAAGAUUUGAAGGCAAUGGAAGUAGAUACAAAAGUCUUGGGACUCUCAAGGGAAGAGGCAGAAAAGAAGCCAUACAUUGCUUCCAUGGGAGUGUAUGUCUUCAAGAAGGAGAUACUCCUGAAUCUUUUAAGAUGGCGAUUCCCGACUGCAAAUGACUUCGGAUCAGAGAUCAUCCCUGCCUCAGCUAAAGAAUUCUUCAUAAAGGCUUAUCUAUUUAAUGAUUAUUGGGAAGACAUUGGUACAAUCAGAUCAUUCUUUGAAGCAAACCUAGCCCUUACUGCACAUCCACCAAGGUUUAGUUUUUAUGAUGCAACAAAGCCAAUGUACACAUCAAGAAGAAAUUUACCACCUUCAAAGAUCGAUGAUAGCAAGAUUGUUGAUUCGAUCAUAUCACAUGGAAGCUUCUUAAACAAUUGCUUCAUAGAGCACAGUGUUGUCGGUAUCAGGUCCCGUGUAAACUCCAAUGUUCACUUAAAGGAUACCGUGAUGCUUGGUGCUGACUACUAUGAAACCGACUCUGAAGUGGCAUCACUGUUGGCUGAGGGGAGGGUUCCUAUUGGAAUAGGAGAAAAUACAAGAAUCAAAGACUGCAUCAUCGACAAAAAUGCCAGAAUUGGGAAGAAUGUUGUUAUUUCAAACUCUGAGGGUAUACAAGAAGCUGAUAGAUCUUUGGAAGGCUUCUACAUCCGUUCUGGGAUUACCAUCAUACUAAAAAACUUCACAAUUAAGGAUGGAUUUGUGAUAUGAUAAAUAUAUUCAUCCUUUCCUAUAUUUUUUGGGUUGUGAGGAUGAGAAUGUAAAAGGCCAAGUGUAAGAUAUGAGCUGUAAUGUUUUAUUAACAGUGCGAGCAGCCUGAAGGAUACAUAUGUUCAUAUUCUUAUUGUUUUGGGGCAUUCCAA